GGGCGCUGUGGCCGCCCCGAACCGGGUCAGACGCGGUGGCCGCCGCGCGCCUGCGGGGAGCUAGCUGCUGACCCGCCCCGCGAGCCCGUGUCCCACACGCACCGUCGCCAUGGCUACAAAAGACCCCACAGCUGUGGAGAGAGCCAACCUGUUGAACAUGGCCAAGCUGAGCAUCAAAGGGCUCAUUGAAUCUGCCCUGAGCUUUGGCCGCACUCUGGACUCGGACUAUCCCCCUCUGCAGCAGUUCUUUGUGGUUAUGGAACACUGUCUGAAGCAUGGCCUGAAAGGUAUCAGGAGACUUCGGAAAUCAAUCGAGUUCUAUGAGUACCAUGCAUUAAUGAUGGAGGAGGAAGGAGCCGUGAUUGUUGGGCUGCUGGUCGGCCUGAAUGUGAUUGAUGCCAAUCUGUGUGUGAAGGGAGAGGACCUAGACUCCCAGGUUGGAGUGAUUGAUUUCUCAAUGUAUUUAAAGAAUGAAGAGGAGACUGGGAACAAAGAAAGGAAUGUUCAAAUUGCCGCCAUCUUAGACCAAAAGAAUUACAUUGAAGAGCUAAAUAGACAACUCAACAGCACAGUCAGCAGCCUCCAUUCAAGAGUGGACUCGUUAGAAAAGUCCAACACUAAGCUGAUCGAAGAGUUAGCAAUAGCGAAGAAUAAUAUCAUCAAGCUCCAAGAAGAAAACCAUCAGUUACGUAGUGAAAACGAGUUGAUCUUAAUGAGAACACGGCAGCAUCUGGAGGUUACCAAAGUGGAUGUGGAAACUGAGCUGCAGACAUACAAGCAUUCCCGGCAAGGUCUAGACGAAAUGUAUAAUGAUGCAGGAAGGCAGCUUCGAGACGAGUCACAGCUCCGACAGGAUGUGGAGAAUGAGCUGUCAGUACAAGUUGGCAUGAAGCAUGAGAUUGAGCUUGCUAUGAAGUUGCUGGAGAAGGACAUUCAUGAGAAACAAGACACUCUAAUAGGCCUUCGGCAACAGCUGGAAGAAGUCAAAGCAAUCAACAUCGAGAUGUACCAAAAGCUGCAGGGCUCUGAAGACAGCUUGAAAGAAAAAAAUGAAAUAAUUGCCCGACUAGAAGAAAAGACCAAUAAAAUCACCACAGCCAUGAGGCAGCUGGAGCAAAGAUUGCAGCAAGCAGAGAAGGCACAAACGAAAGCUGAAGUGGAGGAUGAGCAAUAUGCCCAAGAGUGUCUGAGCAAAUCCGACAGUCUGCAGAGACAGAUCUCCCACAAGGAGCAGCAGCUGGUGCAGCUGGAAACGGAUUUGAAGAUUGAGAAGGAAUGGAGGCAGACUUUGCAAGAAGAUCUUCAAAAGGAGAAAGAUGUCCUAGCUCAUCUUAGAAAUGAGACCCAACAAAUCAUUAGUCUCAAAAAAGAGUUUCUCAACCUCCAGGAUGAAAAUCAGCAGUUGAAAAAAAUAUACCAUGAACAAGAACAGGCUCUGCAAGAACUUGGCAGCAAACUCUGCGAAUCCAAACUUAAAAUAGACGACAUAAAAGAAGCCAACCAAGCAUUACAGGGACUGGUCUGGCUGAAAGACAAAGAGGCAACACACUGUAAGCUUUGUGAGAAGGAAUUUUCACUCUCCAAAAGAAAGCACCACUGUAGAAACUGUGGGGAAAUUUUCUGUAAUGCCUGCUCUGACAACGAGCUACCUUUGCCUUCUUCACCAAAGCCAGUGCGAGUCUGUGAUUCCUGUCAUGCAAUACUCAUUCAGAGAUGCUCCUCUAAUGUGCCGUGACACUAGAACUCAAUCUUCCUGCACAGAAGCACCUGCCGUGAGUGUGAGGACCAAGUGUCCAGUCAGCACUGUGCCUCUCCUCCAGCUAACACCCAGGAGACUCUAAGUUGUAUAACAUGGCAGCCACUGCAUCUUCAUGGGUCACAAACUCUACGUCUGCCUCUCCUGUUGCUCUGCCGUCGGCUCCAAUGUCAAUGUGAGCUCGGAUUGGGUUGAGUGGUGAGAAGAACUGCAUAGAAGUCACUCACUUGUCAAUCCCAGGUAUCAGAGCGAGCACACACCUUAAUCCCCCUAAUCCACUAAGGUAAACCACCGAGGGUCUGCAGAGGCUCUAGCAUUGUGGAGGUAGGUUAAGUCAUCCUUUGCUACAGAGGUGGUCAACUUGGCUCACAUAGGGAAGGAGUACUUUUUUUAAAAUGCAAAGUACUUGCUUUUGAAGUAAGGCAAUACUAAAUUUUAAAUGAAAAUUGUGAAACUGGGGAUACACCUCCACGACAGAGCAUAGUUAGGAGUAUUUCGAAGUUUGGGCUUGUUUCAGACACUACUACUAAAGGCAAAUUCCUACCAGAUUGACUGUAAUCUUAACUGAGCUUUUUUUGAUGCAUUUUUUUAAACUGCCUAAAAAUGGCAUGUAGGUCAGCACAUGAUGGGCACAAAUACCUAUGUGCAUAUUAAGCAAAUAAUCUAUCACUAAGUGACAAGCUUAGUCUGAAUCUUAAUAAAAGAGAUAAGGCAGUGUGGCUGCUUGUAUUUCCAACAUGCUCGAAGUCAAGUUAGGACUUUUAAAUUCUAAUCCAGUUUGGGCUACAAUGAGACCUCCCCGCCAAGAAUAAUAAAUAAAAAAUAACCCACUAUACACCACUUACAUUAGCAAUAUCAUUUUCAGUCGCACGGAAAGGCAGCCCUCUCAUGUGCACAAAAUGACCACCAUGGAAACCUGAACUCGCAUCACCAGCUCCACCAUAGCCAUGUCCUCCCAUGCCUAGAUUAUAAACCAUGUGCGUUCAUGUAAGUAUAGACAUGUAAAUCAACACGGCAGUGCAGUGACACAAGUUUCCAUUAACCUAUCAAAGUUGCCUAAUUACUACCAGAUCCUUACAAAGACAACAGCAUGACAAUUUUCUAGUUUACCUCUUCCGUCUCUCAUCCUGUCAUCAAAGCCAUCAUUUCCAUAGCCAUAAUUAUUAUAGCCACCAUAGUCAUCAAAACCUCCAUAGCCUGUGCAAAUGCAAGGGAAAAGAAAUACCAUUCUGAGCACCUUAUUUUGUAGGCUAGUUUACAAAAUCAUUUGUGGUCAACAGUCUUAGCUUCUUCAUUAAGUAAGUUUUCAGCUUACUGCAUAUGAGAAAAGCAGUUAACCCUUGAUGGGAAUGCAAACAUCCACAGGAUAAAUUCAAACACAACAUGAAAACCAAAUUUCAUUGUUAUGCCAAGAAGAAACAUGCCAGUUAUCUUUAUUUUUAUUUCUACAUUGUUUUCUAGGUGUUAAUAUGUGCAUCAAUCAAGUUCCACAGUGGAAAUCCCAUAAUUUCAUGAACAGGUUUUAAAACCUUGUAGGUACUGAAAUUACUGCCAUUUCUGUAUUUCUUGACAAAGUGUCAGGAACAUCAAGAAAAUGACAACAGAACCUUUGUUCAUUAGAUACACAUACCACCAUCAUAUCCAUCACCUCCUCGGCGCAUUCUGUCAUACAUACUUCCACGCCCAGCUCCAUAAUAACCCCCUCUUCCUCCUAUUGGUCUAUCAUAUGGUCCCGGUCGCUGUCCCAGCAAUCUUCUUGGUGGAUCAUAAAAUCCUUUGAUUUCACUCCUGCUACUCCUGAAGAUCUCAAUAUACCUAUGUAAAAAGGUUUAAAGUACAAGUUUCAGCAUAGAUGUAUUAGAAAGUAAAUUAGAUACUGGGCAAAAUGCAAUAAGUUUGUCUAUAUCUAGGUACAUAACCCAAUUUAAAUUGUCUAAAUAAACCAUAAGGUAACAUUUUUACACCUACAAACUUAAAUAUUUAAUUAUUUAAGUUUUACAGAGACAAAUGAGUCAUUUGAAAACACUGAAUUAUGAAUAUAUUUUUAGUUUGUUUCCUUUAGUACAAGAUAGGUAUGUAAGAAAAACAAGUGAUUAUACAAAAACAAAUUUAACAACGUCCUACAAAGAAAUGGAAACAAUCUAAUUUUAAUUUAAACUAUUAGCAUUAAUUCCCCACCCAAAUCUGUAGUUUCCAUGUUAAAUAUAGGUAAUUUAUCAAUUCUUUAAAACUACCCCAGAAAAAUGUUAUGGUUACCCCCCCAUUUAAGCAAUAGUGACCCACAACCCCCAAAAAUAAAAAUUGAACGCCAUCCCAAACUCUCCAUCCCCACCUGUGCCCUAUUCUUUCCUUGUGUUUCCCCAGAGCAUUUUCUGCUAUCUCCUUUGAAGCAAACUGCACGAAGGCCUCCCCUGUGCUUCUCCCCUGGUAGUCCAUCGUCAAUGUUAUCCCAUUUGGCACGAUUUCCAACCCUUUAACCCAAGGACAAAUACCCCAUCAAGGGGAACAGUGUUAAAGGCUGAAACAUUCCCAUCUGAAUCAAAUAUUUAAAACAAGUCUAAACAAAACAAAACAAAACGCUUAGUUUCCCAUCACCCCAUAAUACAAAUGGAAUAUUUUUCAAAUAUCACUGGAUUAAAUAUUUUCUGUGACUAGUGUUUUAAAAUUAUACUUCUAAAAACCCACUACAUGAAAAACCCACAAAUCAUUUAACUGUGCUCCCAAUGCUAACUCACAGCCCACGUCAUCACAGUUAUUCUUAGUUAACUAUACUGUACAUCAAUCAAUGUUUACAUAGCCUACACAUUCUCUAUUGAAUAUUAACUGGAGCACAUUUCCCAUUUUAUUAUAUAACCCAGAUUAUCACAAAGUUCACAGCAAAAUCAAAUGGGUUUAUAAAUUAAAAACCAUCUAAUCAAAAACACAUAAUUAAACUACUACUAAACUUUGACUAGUUCUAGAGUACCUUGAAAGAACUGAACUAUCUCCUCUUUGCUGCAACCAAAUGGCAGUCCUCGAAGUCGCACUGUCCCAUCACUAGCGUCAUUUGGACCAUUAUGUUUCAUGACCCAAUCCAUUUCACUAGUGCGUCACUGAAAUGCUAUGGAAACAAACAAGCACAUAAAGCAGUCAAUCACAACACACUGACCAAGACUGAACACCUCUCCCAAGUGUCACAGCCCAGAAUGCAUGCAAGGUGACUCCUACAACAAUCAGCAACAGUACCCUAUUACCACUCUACUUUGGGGUGGGGUAGGGAAAGGUAAUGAAACUCACCCCUCUUCUACCAAACCACCCUGACGGUCUAAUAAAAGCUUGAACAAUUCUACCACCAGAGUAAGAUUUGUUGUAACACAUUCAUCCUUUCCUCAUUCUUUUUUUUUUUUUUUAAACUUUUCAGACUUCACUAUUGACCCACACUAUGCAAUUUCUUUUUUGUUUUGCAGACAUGGUGUCAGUGUACCCACUAUACUUAGCUUGUUUCUGUUUCCAAACCAAGGGUCUAACUUGGUAGCCCAGGUUAGCCUUGAACUUCAAGCAGUCCUGCCUCAGCUGUGAGUGCUAAGAUUAGCUAAGUCACCUGCCCAAAUACAAAAUGUUUAAGAAUAAUCACAUGAAAGGUAUAUAGUAUAGAUGUCUAUUCAUAUUGAGGUUUGAGUGUUUAAAAAA